GGCCGGGCGGCAGAAUACGGAACAGCGACACAACCGCUGGGUCAACGGCUAGCUCGUGCGCAUGUAGUUAGCGGUUAGUUAUUUGAAUUUGUUCGCUUGUCAGUCUCCUCAUGUAAAAAUAUGAAGGUUAUUGCGUUUGCUAAAAACUGCGCCACUGGCUGAGACUAUUGUGUCAGUAAACUAAGGAGAUACUGAUACGAGGCACGUACCUCCCUGCUUCCUCUUCCCCGGCCCCGGCCGCGUUCAGCUCCUUGCCUCCGGUGUUGGAUAUAUCAAUGGCGCAGCUGAGAGAACCAGCCCCGGGAAGCGUGGACGAUGACAAGACGGAAGGUAUCAACGAUGCAGAGCUGGCACUGAAAGGCAUCAAUAUGCUCCUCAACAAUGGAUUCAAGGAGAGCGACGAGCUCUUCAGAUUAUACAGGAACCAUAGUCCUUUGAUGAGUUUUGGUGCCAGUUUUGUAAGUUUUCUGAAUGCCAUGAUGACGUUUGAGGAGGAGAAAAUGCAGUUGGCCUUUGAGGACCUCAAAGCUACAGAGAGACUGUGUGAGAGUGAAAACGCCGGUGUUAUUGAGACCAUUAAAAACAAGAUCAAGAGGAAUAUGGACUCUCAGAGGUCGGGGGUUGCUGUAGUGGACCGACUCCAGAGGCAGAUCAUCAUUGCAGACUGCCAGGUUUACCUUGCAGUGUUGUCUUUCAUCAAACAAGAGCUGUCAUCAUACAUCAAAGGAGGCUGGAUCCUACGUAAAGCCUGGAAGAUGUACAACAAAUGUUACAGCGACAUCACACACCUGCAGGAGAGCAGCAGAAGAAAGGCCUCUGAACAGCGAGCAAAGCCGCCUCCAUCUCUGUCCUCUGACACGUCUGACCACAGCCUCUCGUCUUCCCCCGGGCCGAGCCCAUCCCUGGGACUGGCCGGCAUCAGCCCAGAAGCUCUGGAUCGGCUAAAAGGGUCGGUCAGCUUUGGUUACGGCCUCUUCCACCUCUGUAUCUCCAUGGUGCCGCCGCACCUCCUGAAGAUUGUCAACCUGCUGGGCUUCCCUGGCAACCGCCUUCAAGGCCUGUCAGCACUCACAUACGCCAGUGAAAGUAAGGACAUGAAGGCCCCCUUAGCUACCCUGGCCCUCCUGUGGUACCACACAGUAGUGCAGCCCUUCUUUGCUCUGGAUGGCACAGACACACAGGCAGGCCUGAUGGAAGCCAAAUCCAUUCUUCAACAAAGGGAGGCCAUCUAUCCAAACUCCUCCCUCUUCACUUUUUUCAAAGGCAGAGUCCAACGCCUCGAGUGCCAGAUCAGUACAGCCUUGAAGUCCUUCCGGGAUGCCUUAGAUCUGGCCUCUGACCAGAGGGAGAUCCAGCACGUGUGUUUAUAUGAAAUAGGUUGGUGCAGCAUGAUCGAACUGAACUACAAAGAAGCCUACAGGGCCUUUGAGCGACUGAAGACCGAGUCUCGCUGGUCCCAGUGCUACUACGCCUACUUAACUGGAGCGUGCCAAGGAGCCACAGGUGAUCUGGACGGAGCUGUCACAGUUUUCAAGGAUGUUGAAAGACUUUUCAAACGCAAGAACAAUCAGAUCGAGUCGUUCUCCAUGAAGAGGGCUGAGAAGCUUAAGACCACAAGUCUGUCCAAAGAACUCUGCAUCCUGUCUGUGAUUGAGAUUCUUUAUCUGUGGAAAGCUCUGCCCAACUGCUCCACCACCAACCUUCAGACAAUGACACAAGUCCUGCUGGGGAUUGACGAUGCCUCGUGUGCUGGCCUGAAAAACCUGCUUCUUGGUGCCAUAAAAAGAUGUCUUCAUAAUAACAACGAUGCCAUUCAGUUUUUCAGUCUGGCUGCAAGGGAUGAGGUUGGACGUCUGAGCAAUUCUUAUGUGCAGCCCUAUUCCUGCUAUGAACUGGGCUGCGUGCUGCUGAACACCCCAGAGUCUGCAGGGAAGGGCAGAAUGCUGAUGGUUCAGGCUAAGGAGGACUAUGCUGGCUAUGACUUCGAGAACAGGCUCCACGUUCGCAUUCAUUCAGCUCUCGCCUCCACGAUGGCUUCUGCAGCCCAGCCUUGAUAUCUGCACCUCAAACAACUGGAAUAAAUGUCUUUAAGCCACAAUACCAUUGGAGUCACCAAUGUUACACUGUUUUUUUUAAUUUUCAUAUUCUGAGCCAAUGAAUCAUUUUAAAUAUGUGCAAUAUAUAUAUAUAGUACAGUAGGUGUUUUAUGGGAGAACAGUUACAAAUGUGUUUUACUUUAGUUACUUAAUGUUACGGUACUUUAAAAUAAAUUGGCAUUGUAUAGUUUAAGGGUUCAUAAAACUAAAUGGCAGUCAAAUCAGAAAAAAUACAUUUUAAAAAGCAUCAGGGUCAAAUCUUUCUUUGGUUUUGAGGGAAGUCAGGUCAACUACAGUAAUGGCACAUGCAGUAUUUACUGACAAAGCAGUUAAAAUGAAUGACUCAGCCAACUCUGUGUUGGUUGCUGACUUUGAGAUUUGUGAUGUAAAAGCUUUGCUAAUCCAUAGGAAUGAGUAUUAAACUGAAUCUUCAUAAAUGUAGCCCCUUUGUUUAAGCAGAAUUGUUUUUAUCAGUGUAAAUAUGUCUUGAACACAGUUUUUAAUAGAUGAGCCUUGAUGCACAGUGCUACUCUUGGCUGUGAGCUGGUUCUAAUUUUUAUGGUUUGUUUUAAGAUACUAAAAGGUAUAUUGUAAAAU